UUUGAUUGUAGAGAAAUGUAUAGCUUUUCAGCUAACGUUUUCGAUCUCUUCUUCCUUUUUGCAGAUGACCCCCACUUCAGUGAUCUGGUGUAUUCGGCCGAAAUCGCCAUCGAUGGCGGGAUCUACCCGGAACGCAUCUAUCAGGGAAGCAGUGGAUCAUACUUCGUGAAAAACCCUGCCAAGAAAGUAGUAGCGGUGUUCAAACCGAAGGAUGAAGAACCCUACGGAAGGCUCAAUCCAAAGUGGACCAAAUGGAUGCACAAACUGUGCUGUCCAUGCUGCUUCGGGCGAGCAUGUCUCAUUCCCAAUCAAGGCUAUCUCUCGGAAGCCGGCGCCAGUCUAGUGGAUCAGAAGCUAAAUCUAAACAUAGUACCAAAAACCCGCGUUGUCCGACUGGUUUCGGAGACGUUCAACUACCCGCGUAUCGAUCGCCAAAAAGCCCGGAUAAAGAAAACCAUCAAGGAGCGAAUACCGGCAGCCCGUUUCAAUCGGAUGAGCCUUCCGCCGAAGACGGGCUCAUUUCAGUUGUUCGUCGACGGUUACAAAGAUGCCGACUAUUGGCUGCGACGGUUCGAGCAGGAACCACUUCCUACUCGAUUAUCGCAAAAGUUUCAGCUCCAGUUCGAACGGUUAGUGGUGUUGGACUACAUCAUACGGAACACAGAUCGUGGCAACGACAACUGGCUCAUCAAAUACGAACAACCAUCGAUAGUGGCGCAAGUUAACGGCGGUACGCCAAAUGGAAUGCCUCGAAGUAGCAGUCGGUUAGAGAUGACCGAGAACACCGACUGGAAUUUGGUUCAGCUGCCGGAAAUUAGGAUUGCCGCCAUCGAUAAUGGGCUGGCGUUUCCCUUCAAGCAUCCGGACUCGUGGCGAGCCUAUCCCUACCACUGGGCUUGGCUGCCGCAGGCCAAGAUACCAUUCAGUCAGGACAUCAAGGAUCUCAUUUUGCCCCUGCUGUCCGAUCAGAACUUCGUGGAGGAAUUGUGCAACGAGCUGUUCGAGCUGUUCCGCCAGGACAAGGGCUUCGAUCGGAGCCUGUUCGAGCGGCAAAUGUCUGUGAUGCGCGGCCAGAUCCUGAAUCUGACGCAGGCCCUCAAGGACGGCAAAAGUCCGGUACAGCUGGUCCAGAUGCCGGCUGUCAUUGUUGAACGAUCAAAAGUGAACCCAUCAGGACGAUUUUUCUCAUUCCAACAGCGCUUCCAAAACAAGAGCCCAUUCUUCUCCUGGUGUUAGAGGAAAAAAAAUCCACUAACGAGUCAUAACUAAACGAAUAACAACUGAAAACACCGAAAUUAGGUUUGAAUCUAACAACAAAAUGAAAAGUUAAGUGACUUGCGGCGAACGGCGCUCUUUAGGUGGAACAAUGUUCUGGGAACACUUAUCGUUUGUAUGUAAUCGAGGUAAUGAAAUGGAAACGUUAUAAAUUAUAUAUAUUGCAUAGUGAAACAAACUGUAUGUAUUUAUCAUUCAAAUUACGAGAAAAAUAAAGUUAUGCAUAGUAUAAAAUUAUACUAUUGAAGGUGAAUUAUUAGAAUGUCUUGCGAAAUUCUCUUUUUUGUAUAUUUAUUGUCGAACAACAGUCUGGGUUAUUUAUUGCUUAACGUCUACCAGUUGCAAUCUUAUGUAUAUAAGUCAAAAACGCAGAAGAUAAUUUCAGAAAAUUUUAAGACUUUUUGUUUUAUCAUUGGUGUACCAAAAACAGUUCCAAAAUGUUGAAUUCAAAAUGUUGAAACAUGAGUAAAACAUUUCAAUGUGACACUUGAAAAGUAGCGAGGAGUCAAAUCAAACAUCACUAGUCUUAUUUAAUAAAAAAAUACAUUACUACUAGAGAGCAGUAAAUACAUAAAUCUAAAUUUGAAACAAAUUCGUCAUACGAAAAUGAUGUACAAUAGCGAAAAAUAGCGAGGAAAAAGCGCAGAACCGGUUGGUCCAAAGAUGUUGAAAUUUUCGACAAAUUUCGUAAAAAACAAAACAAAAACCCACGUAAUCAGAUUCAGAAUAGUAAAGAAUGAUGUAGGGUAGAUACAUUUCAGUAGCUAGGUAGAACACAACUAGGCAAUUAUCUCACCAAGUAUCACAGAAUGGAAAAUUGAAGAAGAACCAGUCGUGAGACUGAAAUGAGUCAAUCCGUAUCAACAGUGAAGAGAUUUGUUUUCAUCAUCUUCAAACAUCAAAUCUAUACAGACACAGGUACACAGUACACAAAACCACUCAGAAACAUAGAGUCCUCAAUAGGCCAAUUAUGUUUUACAAUCAGUUACACUAGACCCGACAAGUGAAUCAAUAAUAAUCAUCAAAUACAGUA